AUCGUGUUACUUUGGAUGGUAGCAAAUGAUGCUUUUAAUAACUUUGCAGAAAAAUCUAAUAAUUUAUCUCCAUUUAACAUAAAAGAAAUUAUAGAAUUUUCAUCAAACAUUGAAGAUUCAAAUUAUAUAGAUCGUCUUCGUCCUCCUCCAUUAACUGAUUAUUGGAAAUUACGUGAUUCUAAAAGUCGUCGUAGAGCAAGUAUUAUGGAAUUGGGCUAUCUGUUAACUAAAAAAAUCAUUGGUUUAGAUUUUAAUAUUGAAGAUAUCACUUUUAC